AUGAACUCAAUUCAUCUUCCAGCUCAUCAGAGAUCUACAAGCCUUCAUCAGACUCACCCAAAAAGUUCACAGGAAGCCACAGAGAUGGCAGUAUACUGUGACAACUUCAGCAUGUACCACCAGCAGAACUUACAUUCUUCUCAAAGGGCGGCCAACUAUGGAAUUGGGGAAUAUCCACCUUCAACUAACCCUUACUUAUGGCUUGGUGGGCCAGGAGUCAAUAAUGCAUCAAGCUACCUUCAUGGAAGUAACCCAAAUUCUUAUAUGCCACCUUCGUAUGGAUCUCAGAGACAGUUCCUGCCAAAUUCAUCAGGUUUCAGUGGGACAGAUCUUGGAUGGUUAUCCAUAGCUUCUCAAGAGGAACUUCUGAAGUUAGUGAGGCCUCCAUACUCUUACUCGGCCCUCAUUGCUAUGGCCAUACAAAAUGCUCCAGAGAAGAAACUAACCCUGAGCCAGAUAUACCAGUACGUGGCAGACAAUUUCCCUUUUUACAAAAAGAGUAAAGCCGGAUGGCAAAAUUCUAUUCGACACAACUUGUCUCUGAAUGACUGCUUCAAGAAAGUUCCAAGAGAUGAGGAUGACCCAGGCAAGGGCAAUUACUGGACCUUGGAUCCCAACUGUGAGAAGAUGUUUGACAAUGGGAAUUUUCGCCGGAAAAGAAAGCGCAGGUCAGAAUCCAACAACACUGAUGCUGUCACAGCUAAAGGUGAAGAAGGUCGCGUGGCCCUAGGGAGGAAAGGUGGUGAUAGCCCAUCUAUGAUGACCCCAUCAUCUCCAGAGAUGGAAGCCUCCUCAGAUGAUCGGAAGAGCACAUCUCCCCCUGGAAUCACCUCUACCCCUUGUUUGAAUAACUUUUUUAGCAGUAUGACCUCCUCCUUGGACUCCAGCUCAGUAAAUAGACAGAUGUCUCUGGGGCUGGUCAAUGAACUCUCUCAGAGGAACAUUACUGGAUUAAGCAGUUUCACCUCAGGCCCCAUGGUUGAACCAUCUGCAGAUUUGCAGGACAGUUUGCACCUCAACAGAGGCACCUACUAUAAUUCUUUCACAGGCUCCAAUCAAAACAGCCAAUUUAACAGCCAUUUUUACAACAAUUUCAGUGUCAACAGCCUCAUCUACUCCAGGGAAGGCAGCGAAGUGUAA